UUCCAGUGGGAAUGAAAUGAAAUUGGCAGCUGAAUGCCAGAGUGCCGGCUACCCUGGGACCCUCAUCCCAUACAAGUGUGAUCUCUCCAACGAAGAGGAGAUCCUGUCCAUGUUCUCUGCCAUCAAGACCCUUCACCAGGGAGUUGAUGUGUGCAUCAACAACGCGGGGCUGGCGCGCCCGGAGCCUCUGCUCUCAGGGAAGACAGAGGGCUGGCGGACAAUGAUAGACGUCAAUGUGAUGGCUGUAAGCAUCUGCACCCGAGAGGCCUAUCAGUCCAUGAAGGAGAGAAGCAUCGAUGACGGUCAUAUUAUUAACAUUAACAGCAUGAAUGGUCACAGCGUUGUGCCACAGUCAGUGGUGCAUUUUUACAGUGCCACCAAGUAUGCGGUCACAGCACUCACAGAGGGGCUGAGGCAAGAACUCAGAGAAGCAAAGACUCAUAUACGAGCUACAUGUAUAUCUCCGGGACUGGUAGAAACGGGAUUUGCUUUUAAGCUUCAUGAUAAUGACCCUGAGAGAGCUGCUGCAACCUAUGAGAGCAUUCGGUGUCUCAAAGCUGAAGAUAUGGCUAAUGCUGUCAUAUAUGUCCUCAGUGCCCCACCUCAUGUACAGAUUGGAGAUAUACAGAUGAGGCCCACGGAACAGAUAUCAUAGCAAAUGAAGAAGACUGUGAGCAGCACCGUGUAUCCACUCCACUUGGAACCCUCUGGCAAUGUGGGGUUUCAUCAGCUGGCUAGCAACAUUUUAUUCAAGUACCAAGGAUCGUGUUUGAAGAAUUAUUUUUCUCUCCCUCUCUCUCAGCUGGUACUGGUACGGAGCCAGUUUUAAAAAAAAAUAUAGAGAGUAGUGGGUCUCUUUCUCCCUACUCCUUUUGGAAACUGAGUCAGAGUAAAAUGUAUUUGAAAAUAAUGCAGGGAAGUGGUUUCUGGAAGAUUGUCUCCAGGCUGGCUUAUUCUUCUUUUUGCUUUCUUUUCAAGGUUGGUUUGAUUUUAUUUGAUGUCUGGACAUAGGUGAAGUGGCACAAGGUGUUUGCCAGCUUCCAUGUGCUUAGGGUUUGAGAUUUCUGGUGGAUGUCAUCCAUUUAAUUUUUACGUUUCUUCUCAUCAUUUUGAUGCUUCUUUGGUAACGAUGGAUGUGAUAUUUUCUUCUGUCAUAUCCCACUGCCCUAUAGCCAAUGUACAAACUCACCCUGCCUCCCCACACCCUCCUUUUGCAUUCAUAUGAAUUGUGCCUGCCAAGUUUGAGGAGGUGUAAAUGUGUGUGCUUGCUGUUUCUUUCUUUCUAGGUAAGUAGGUAAAUAGUUUUGGGAAAAGAACCUGUAUUUUUUGCAGGUUAGAAUGAUCUUCUAAGUGGCAUAGGUACAGUAAGAGUGAGUUGUUUGGUAUUUUUAAUAAAAAUUAAAUGUGCUGUCUUGUGACCACCUUUAUCCUUGGUAUCAUCUCCCAGCACUCUUGUUGGUUUUCUGUAUGUUUGAUAUUUGCAUGCAUUGAUGCUUUUUGGAAGUACUGAUCGGUCUUUGAAAGAUGUAUGAUGCUGUUUAAAUGCUGAUCACUCUUAAGUUGGAAAUAUUGGAAUUUUGUUUAUAUGCAGAGAUACAAACUCAGAGAGAGAGAGAGUGAAAUGAACCACGCUGAAGCUGUCCAAAAUGAAAAGAUAUUAAUAGGGGCACUUGCCUACAAAGCAGUAGGUGAAAAGUCUGCUUUGGAUCUACUGGUUCUAUGCUGGUGUGGCCCCAUUGUUUUGCUCUGGGUUUCCUCUAAAUCGAGGGAGGGGGGAGUUAGCCCCCUGGCUGGUACAUGCACAGCUGGAAAUGACUUCAGUUGUUUUAUUUACUCUUACAGUGUGGCAGAAACAUACCUGCAUGGAGCCCAACUUGAUUUGGCGCUGUUAACGUGCAUGUUGCCUUAAGACUGCAGUCUCUCUCCUGCUGCACUUUGGAUUUCCUCUAGUACUUCAGCAGGUGAACACCUUGUUGUAGGUGGAGUGGGUAUGAUCAGUUGAUUUGAGUAGAGGACUGAGAGCCAGAGAAACUUGGUUUGGAUUGUUUUGCUUAUGCCAGUGUAGCUCUGUGGGAGUUCGUUUGUGUUACACCACCAUAAGGGAGACCAGAACCAGACCACUAUGUCGUGAAUUUCAACUCCCCGUAUAACCUUGGGCAAGUCGCUUUACCUCUCUGCCUCAGUUGACCCAUCUGUAAAAUGGGGAUAAUAAUACUUACCUACCUCACAGGGGUGUUGUGAGGACUCACAAGCUGUUUUGUAAAGCACUUUGAAUAUGAGAAGCGCUAUGUAAGUGCUGAGUGUUGAUAUGAAGUAUUAUUAUUAAUUAAAUCUCGUGAUACAUAGAAUUCCUUGUGCCAAAGGUGAGCAAGCAUGGAAGGCUAUAAGGGGAAAAGUGGUAAAGCAUUCCUUCGUAAUGGCAAAAACAAAGGCCAUUUGGCCCUGUUCUUUCCAUUUUAUAAAUACACUCUCAUGGUGUGUUCUGUCCCUCACGAGUUUCUGCUAGUAAGUACAUGUAACCUUGUGUCUGGAUUUGGCCUUUUAAUUUACUCUGAGUGAAAUUCAUGCCCUGUGGCAAAGUCUUGCACUACGCUGAUGCACUGCCCUCCUCCACGUAGCUGAGGCGGUGGCUCUGUGUAGGUUCUUGGUACAGAGCUGACUUUCACCUGCAGCACCGAGUUAGACUGUGUCCUGCAAGGGCAGCCAGUCCAGGUCUGCACACAGCCAGUGAUGCUCAGUGCAGUGGAGAAAGCCUGUGCCAGCUGGAAAAGCUCUUCAGCCUCUAUGCUGCUGUGGUGCAAAAUCCAAAGGCCUUUUGCUAAGGAAGGUCCAACCCCAAACUGUGAUGUUCAGCUAUACUUAAUAUGAAAACUCUGAGUGUUUUCCAUAGGUUUUCUUUCACAAGAGCUUGUUUAAAUCAGUGCAGUGUGCACUGUUUUGUUUUGUUUUUUUUUUUAAAGAAAAGACAGCUGAACUAGAAUCUGAGGGUCAAAAAAGAAAGAGUUGAGAAAUUAGCAGAAAAAAAAAAAAA